AUGAGGAAAAUCACUAAAUCAACAAUUAUAGGCAUCAAAAGGAAACCAAGUGAUGAAAAUAAAGAAAAUGAAUUGGGCAACUCAUCAUCAAGGAAUAAUUCUGCUCAAGGAAAACAACAGCCUCCGGCAAGAAAUCCUUCCCGCAUUCCUCUAGGAGGGUGUUUGUCGCAAAACAUCACACCCUUGAGUAACAUGACUAACGCAAAUAAUUUUUGCAAAUCAUCAUUAAUGACUAAUGCUGGUCAAGGGAAAGAGCAACAUACGCCAAAUAAUCGAACCCAAAAUCCGUUGGGAUGUGGUUUGUCCCCAGAUAUCACACCAUUCAGUAACAUCAGUAAUGCAAAUCAUUUCGGUUGCUCAUCUUUUACGAAUAAUGCUGCUCAAGAUCAAGACCAACGGACGACAGCUACUCCUUACACUAAUCCCCAGCGAGGAUGUUUGUCUGAAAAUAUCACACCAUUGAGUAACAUCACUACCGUACGGCAGUGCAAUACACAAAUAGGUCCAAGCAAUUGCCAGAAAUUUUUUAUUGUAGAUAAACAAAAUCCGGGUUCGACGAUAACACAAGAUGAAUUGGCAAUUCGUAAACCAUUAGAUAAAUAUGCAAUUGUCGAAGACCAUGUAACAACCAGAGACUUGCUACCUGCCUUUGAAGAUGAAAGUAACAAUACAAUGAGCGAUGUCCCAAAUCAGAACAUAGAUGAUGCAAAUAUAUCGGGUAACGCUGUUAGGCAGACCUCGGAAAUUGGGACAUCCUCUGGUCCACAACAUGGUCAAUACUGCGAUUUUGGUGAUGCAACGAAUCAGUGCGUCCAUUGUGGGGCUCUGUUUUGGUUUGAAGAAAGGAAGAAGAAUUUGUCAACAAAAGCAUCGCAACUGUUUAUGUUGUGUUGCAACAAUGGGAAGAUCAAAUUGCCGGAUAAUAAGUUGCCACCAAAAGGUAUAUUUGAUCUCUUUUUCGGCAAUGACGAAAUAUCAAAAGAGUUUUUACACAACAUUAGGACCUACAACAACAUGUUCUACUUCACAUCCAUGGGUGGAAAAGUUGACAAGAACGUGAACAAGGGGGGAGCACCUCCAAUUUUUCGAUUAAGUGGUCAAAACUACCACCUAAUGGGCACUUUACUUCCAGAACAAGGCAAAGAACCUCAUUUUGCCCAGUUAUACAUAUACGACACGGCAAAUGAAAGGAACAACCGUAUAAAUGCUGUGAGGGGUAGUGGUGACCAAGAUGACAUUCAUGUAGAAAUAGUGAAUGUCAUUCAGAAAGACCUGGAUGAAAAUAAUGUCUUGGUUAAGUCUUUUCGCAUGGCUAUGUCUGAGUUGGAUAUUAAUCCAUGCGCCGAAGUAAAAAUAAAGUUGUUGGGAAAACGAACUAGAGAUGCGAGGACAUAUAAUCUGCCUCAAGUUUCUGAAGUAGCAGCUUUAAUUGUUGGAGAUCUGGAUACAAGUAUUGGAGAGCGUGAUAUUAUUGUUCAAUCGAAGGGUGGCCACCUACAGAGGAUUACUGAAUUAAAUCCUUCAUACUUACCACUGCAAUACCCUAUUUUGUUUCCAUAUGGCGAAGAUGGUUAUCGGGAGGACAUUGCAUUCGCCGACGUAGUAGGCAGGCGCUCUUCUGGUGGUAGACAGAGGAUUAGCCCCAGGGAGUUUUUUUUGCUACCGCAUACAAUCUAG